AUGCCCGUCCCCUGGGAGGCCCUCCUUCCCUUCGCCCUCGUUACCGUCAUGUUCGGCGUCUCGGGUAACGUCCUCAGCAUCUCCGAGCGCAUCCGCAACGACGGCAAGGCUCCUAGGUACAACAUCGACAAGUGGGACGAGAUGAUGAUGGAGCGUGACCGUCGGUUGACAGGAUCGUUCCGUGGCCAGACCACCAACCCCGUGGCUCCCGAGUCCUUUGGAACCAACUCGGUCUGGGAGACUGAGAAGAUCAUCUAA